AUGACGACGCGCGCCGCGCGCGCGCCGCGCGCGGCGUCGCCGCGCGGCGCGGACGCGACGCGACGGCGCGACGGCGCGAUCGACGCCGACGACGCCGACGCGACGGCGACCGCGCGCGCGCGCGCGAGCGCGAACGACGCGCGCGCGCGAUCGGCGGCGGUGCUGGACGUCGUCGAUCUCACGCUCGACGUCGAGGCGCCGCGCGCGGCGACGGCGACGGCGACGGCGACGGCGGACGCGCGAGGCGACGCGACGCGCGGCGACGACGCCGAGGCGGUGAAGAUCCUCGACGACGGUUUGCCGACGUCGAAGCCGAAGGCGAGGGAUGGAAAGCCGACGGCGCGAUCGGGUGAGAAUGGAAAGUCGCGCGCGUCGGGGUCGGGGCGGAUCGAACGCGUGGCGGAGGUGCUGCAGUCGCCCGAGAAGGCGUGGCCGCGAGAGGAGGCGGCGGCGGAGGACGACGACGACGCGAAGGUUUCGGUGAGUUUUGAACUCGAGUUCUGCGCGGCGAUGCGAGAGGGGUUGGAGGGAAGACGGACGGAGGCGAUGGAGGCGAUGGAGACGCUCGAAGCGACGGUGGGAUCGAGGGUGUUUCAGAACGCGGACGCGGCGGCGGCGGAGGCGCGGACGAGGACGAGGAGCGCGGCGAAGCGCGCGCGUAGGAUUUUUCGGGAGGAAACUAAGCUUUGGGCGGCGGCGGUGGUGAAAGCGCAGCAACUGACGAUAGACGAUGACGUGCCGUCGACGUCGGAACCCGUCGCGAUGGAGUUGCCGUUUUGGCAGCGCAUCUCGAGCGAGCACCUGGGCGCGUCGAGCGCGAGGAAUACGAAGAUUUUCACGCAGCGCACCGAACGGCCGUAUUCGAGUGAUCCGACCGAUGUAAGCGGCUGGAAGCUGCAAACAAUAGUAGGGCGACAAUCUGUACCUCGAAUAGACAUCGGUAGCGCCAAGGCGGUGCCGCCCUACGCUUACUUUGCGUACUCGACGCACUGCAACUCGUACGAGGCGGAAGGAAACGUCUCGCGCCUACUCUUCAGGGACGACGAUGGAGAGUUCUUAGAAUCAGAUCCCGUCGAUCGGCGCGAAGACGAGAGUAAUGAGCUCACUCGCGAGCAGGAAAUCAUCAUGUGCGCGAUAUGCGCGGAGUUUAGCGAGUUCAUUUUGACAGAAAAAGAAGUCGUGCGAGGGGUGAAUCGCGAAGACGGCGUGAAAGCCGUCGUGGUACAAACAGCCGAAUAUUUGAACUUGGACGAAAACCAAGUCAAGGAUUGGUUUGAUGAGACGCGCACGAAGCACAGCACGAGCCGUGCAUGGUGUAUGUUUCUCGAAGUUGCCUCGCACGUACGCAAGUUGAUGGGCUUCUCCUCGGCGCAUUGGCGCGCGAAGAUGGCAAACACAUUCAGCGUUCUCGAAACUCUCGGGAUCAGCGAAUUGUUCUGGCGGAAGUUUUCGCGAAUCAUCAUCAAUUGUCCGACGCUCGCUCCGUUGAAAAAGCCUGUCAUCGUGUUUGACAAUCUCAACGAAGCCAUGGAUCAGCUCGCCGGCAUGUUUUGUCCGCGAUGCUUCAUCUUUGAUUGCAGAACGCACGGGUCGUUGCAGCCCAAGUCGGAAGGCAGGAAGCUUGAUGCGGAAAGAAAGCUUGCAUGGCGCGAGCGCAUGGCAAAGAGCGGCAUGUCUGCGGAAAAGCCGUUAGCUGAGCGACGAUGUUCGACAGAUUGCUGGUAUCAAACAGAAGAGUACAAGUACUACUCUGCGCAGACAACCUGCGCACCAUGCGAUCCCACAGAAACUCUCAAUCGUCCGUCGACGAAAGAUCCGUUCAUCGAGACGACGAGGAAAUGGCGCAACGCGAUGGAUAUUGAAGUCUUGAAGAAGGCUGUCAAAAUAAUCGGUGAGAAAACCACGGCGUGCGAGGCAGCGUUGUUCUUUGGCCGUCGUCGCACGUGCGCCGAAGUCGGGAAGCAAAUGCACUGUUUGGAUCUCAUCAACCUUGGAACUGUGGUGAAGGAAGAAGAGCGCGACGCGAUGGAUGAAGAUACCGACGAAUUGAGUAAUCCGAAGAAGCGCAAACGCGCGCCGACGGGGGUCAAAAAUCCAACAAUUGCGCGACGAUUGAAGAUGCAAAAGGAUGCCGAUUUUCUGGAAACGCAAUACUCCCCGUGCGAAUGCGUCGGCGCUUGUGACGCUAACACGUGCUCCUGCAUUAAGAAUGGUACCUUUUGUGAGAGAUUUUGCAACUGUGGACCGAAGUGUCACAACGAGUUCGAGGGUUGCAAGUGCGACAGUACGAAGCGCGCAACGUGCGGCACAAGAACGUGUCCGUGCUACGCCGCCGGUCGCGAAUGCACGCCAGAUAAAUGUAAACGGUGUUGCAAGACCGCUGAUGCGUACUCUUUGCCCGCUCGUAAAAGGUAUGGCCUCGUCGAUCCGAACAUGCAACUGCCCAUGCCGGCGUUUCCGUGUGAGAACAUGAAGCUACAACUUCGACAGAAGGAGCACAUUUGUUUGGGUCGAAGCGGUGUUGCCGGUUGGGGUGCGUUCGUGUUGAAAGGCGCUCGGAAAGGAGAGUUCAUCGGCGAAUACGUCGGCGAACUCGUGACUCAGGACGAAGCCGAACGUCGAGGAACGGUGUACGAUGUCAACAACUGCUCGUACUUGUUCAAUCUCAACAGCGAAUGGUGCGUCGACGCUCAAUACAGAGGGAACAAACUGCGCUUUGCCAAUCACUCGAAGAACCCGAAUUGCGUGCCUCGCGUUCUCGCGGUGAAUGGUGAUCAUCGACUGGCGCUGAUAUCAGACAAAGACAUCAAACCAGGCGAUGAAUUACUGUUCGACUACAAUUACAAGGACGAAGUCGCACCCGACUGGCACGAGAAAAACGCAUCGACGUUGCCCAAGUCGAAGCACCUUCCAACGAAAAGCGCGAAGAAAUCAUCGAACUGA